CGGGGAUGCUUUGUAAGCAGGCGGUGGUGAUGGGGCAUAAGAAAUCAUGAACCGGAACUUAUCACAUUCACCAAGGGUAUCAACAGAAGAAUCUGAGUUCAAAUACCUUCGGUACAAGCCAUCUGUAGCCUUUCGGGUUUUUCGCUUGGGUCUUGUAACUGGGUCUACUUCAUGAGGAGAAUUUGUGCAAUGAGAACAUUGAUAGAAAGGAUUCCGAAAGAAAUGACCAUAACAGUCUUUAUAAUAAUGGACAGGAUUUCUAUUGCUAUGGAAGUAUUUGACAAGUUUUUUUGGAUUUGGCUCGGAGAUUGACUCUAGGACACAAGGCUUCAUCAUGAACAACGUUAGAAAGAUGGAAGGGCUUUCUUCUUUUUCUUUGCAAAAUUUGAUGGCAAUAGUAUCAUCCUUUCUCCUCACGAAUUAAGAAUCUAAGGACUAGAGAGGUUUGUUGUUCUGGUGUAGCUUUUCAUGGCUAGUGAUCCAAGUUUCUGGAAGCAGCUUGGCUAGCUUUUCUUUAGGAAUUUUCUUGAAGACAUGAAUGCGGGAAAGCUUGAUCAUUUUGCAUAGAGAUGAACCUGACUUCUUCGUUCCCAUUAUGAAAAUUAAGAUCAAGGGCAUGUUUUUUGCACACGAUAACCAUUUGGUAGUGGAAUGUUGCUGCAACAGAGUAAGCAGUCGGAUGUGCUCUAAUGAGAUGAAUCUGAACCUUUAGAAAGGAGAGCAACUGAGUAUGUGAAAGAGCAAAAUUGAAAUUCGGGACAAGAGUUACAAAGAUCAUCCCAGCAUUUAGAAUGGUUUGGACAGUGCAAAUACAAGCGUGCUGGUAUUCUAAGAAUAGAGUAUCCAGUAGGAUCGGGUGAAACUUGAUUUAUUAAUAUAGGAUGGUUGGCGUUUUGUCGUUUUGGGUUUAGUGGACGUGGUUGGUCCCAGGGCAACGCGAGGAAGAGGACUAGAAGGAAAGAGGAAUAGGCGGGAGGGGAAGAUAUGGGCUGGGUCAAGCUUAAUUAUUUUUGGGCGAAAUAGGUUUUACGAGCUUGGGUUUAGUCUGGACUUUGAUUCUGGGUUUGAUCCGGCCUUGGAAAUGGGAGAAUUUGGGCUUAGUGUUUUGGGCUCUGGACAAGUUUGAUGGGCUUGUUAAAUUGGCCCUGGUCCGGACGAAAAAGGAAGGUAGAGAUAAGGGGUCGGUGGCGACGAUUUCCAGAAACCCUAACACCAGCACCAUCGACUUCUCCGUCAUGGCUCCUCGCCAGCUCGCCUCGUCGAACUUCCCUUGGUUCUCCUUCUCUCCAUGUCGCGCCUCCUCUCUCCCUCCUUCCCCGGCCUUUACCUUGUCGGACCGCUCCGAGGACGCGCUCCUGAAGGCCCUCGCCCACAAGCAGGCCAGCAGGGCGCCGAAGCCGGAGAUCGGCGCCGCCAACGCGGUUCUGAACGACCUCGAGAUCGAUGAGGCCAGCAUCGAGAGGCAGGUCCAAGACGGCGUGUCCGGCGCCGGCGACGUCCCCCUCACGAGGGAGGCGGAACGUGUGCGGGUCAUCAACACGCCGGGGAGCCGCCGGUUCUACCUUCCCUCGUCCGACUUUGACCACUUCGGAGUCAAUUCCAACGUCUUCACCUUCUGGCGUGAGCAUUUUCGUCUCGAGGAGGAUAUGUUCCCUCAAGUCUGUUUCCUCACGGAGUAUCCCCUUAAAGCGUGGGACGUCGUGGAGAGUUUUGGCGAUCUUCUGGUGAAGGAUGUGAAAACUGGGGCUUGCUAUCGAGCUCACCAUGUGCUUGAAGAUUUUUGUAAUGAGGAGCUCCAAAAGGAUUUGGGCAUUAGUGCAGAGAAGGCUGCCGAACUCAAGCAUGUACUUGCAACUUUGCGUCGUCUCUCUGUUCCUGAAGUGCAUGCCAAGAUAAAAAAAUAUGGUGUCACGGCUCCACACACCAAAAAUCCUCUCUCUGAUCCCAUCCGUCCACUGGUUUUUUGCUCCUUAAGUAAGUUAAUUUUUUCUUCAAUCUACUGCAGGCGCAAGUCACCUAAAAGUGCACUAGGCAUUCUUCGUUCUGCCAAAUGUUUCAAAGCCCUCCUUCGAUGUAACAACUUUAAACUCCCCUUUGCUGUUGAGCAGCUUGGGAAUGGUGUGUGUCAUGAGGUUCCUCACCAUGGCCUAGGUUUUUAUAGAUUUCGUAAGUUCAUUCUUGCUGAGAUCGAGCAUUUUGUCGAUCCCGAAGAUAAAUCCCAUCCAAAGUUUUCUCGAGUUGCAGAUCUGGAAUUGUUUAUGCUCUCCAGGGAACAACAAAUUUCUGGCCAAGCAGCUAUUAAAACUCGGCUUGGCGAAGCAGUUUCAAAGGGAACUGUUAACAAUGAGACUCUCGGCUACUUCAUUGGGAGAGUAUCUUUUUUAACUCACCUCGGGAUAGACAAGGAUCGCUUGCGGUUUAGGCAGCGUCUUAACGAAAUGGCUCUCUGUGGAGCAGAUUGUUGGGAUGCUGAAAUUGAGUGUUCCUAUGGUUGGAUUGAGUGUGUUCUUACUUCAGAUGGGUCAACAUAUGAGUUCCAAUCAUUUACGGUGAAGAACUGUGGAGCACAGAAGAAAUGUGGAGCGGCUUUUGUUGCCCGUAAAAAAGUUGCUGAACCUAGAGAAGUGGAGAAACUGGUAAUUGUUCCAAACAAGAAGGAACUAGGUCUUGCCUUUAGGGGAAACCAAAAGAUGGUGGUUGAAGUUCUGGAGGCAAUGGGUGAAGAGGAAGCUUUGCGGUUGAAGGCUGCUUUAGAAUCCAAAGGAGAGGCGGAAUUUCUGGUAAGCACGAUGGGGAAGAGUGUAAUAAUCAAGGAUAACAUGGUCAAUAUUUCGAAGCAGAAGAUAAAGGAAGAUUGGAGGGUUUUUACGCCGUCUGUUAUUAAAUCGUCUUUUGGCAUGGGACGCAUAAUAUACUGCCUAUUUGAGCAUUCUUUCUAUACAAGGCCCAGCAAAGCGGGAGAUGAACAACUAAAUGUGUUGCGCUUCCCUCCAUUCGUAGCACCUAUCAAAUGUACCAUUUUGCCAUUGAUACAGAAGCCAGAGUAUGAGUCAGUUGCUCAACUGAUUAGCGAAUCACUGACAGGCAAAUACCGGACUGAUGCUCGUGUUCCGCACAAGAUUGACAUAGGCAUCCCCACAUGGAGGAGAGAUGCGAGAUUCGUUACAGGCAACACCAUAGGGAAGAGAUAUGCGGUAUGCGAUGAGUAUGGUGUGCCUUUCACGAUCACUGUCGAUUCUCAAGUUGAUGUGAUCAUACGAGAGAGGGACAGCAGAGAUCAGGUUCGAGUUGGAGUGGGGGAAGUGGUCUCAAUUGUGAAGGAAUUGAUUGACGGGCACAGGACCUGGUCCAAUGUACGGAUGAUGUACGGUGGAGUUUCCGCAUCUACCGAAGAAAAUGAGUAAUUGGGUUACGGAUAUCAUUGCUUACUUUGCUGUCGGUUUAUCAUAUUUUGGGGUAUCCAAGGUAGGAAACAAACGGUGUACUUCAUAUUAUUUUUCUGUUGAUAUUUUAGACGGUGUCGUAGGUAAAACAAACAGGAAGUUGCGGAUGUACGUUGGGCUGUUCCCCUGAUUUCGUAUCGCACACUUUUCAUGGAAAUUCUGCCUCUUGAGAAGGUGAAAAUAUUUAUCUAUGAACUUCUCUGCUUCGAGUUACC